CUGAAGGUGGUGCCGGCGGUACGACAGGCAGCAGCGGCGGCGGCGGCGGCUUCUCGAGAGCCCGUUUCGGCAGUGACGCGCUGUUCGGAGGUGGUAGCAGCGGCGGCGGCAGUGGCGGCGGAGGCUUCGGUGGCUUUGGCGGCGCCCCUGGCGGCGGCGGUGCCGGCCGCGGCUUUGGCCCCAGCGGCGGCGGUGGCGGAGGCGGAGGCGGCGCGACGCCGCCGCCGUCGUCAGCGGCUGUGUCGUUCUUCAUGCCCCGAGGAACCGCGGUACGACACUGGGAGUCCCCGGCAUUCCGGCUGUUCACAUGCGACUCGGUUUCGGAGCCGUUCGGAGCCCGGUGGUGGUUUCUGGAUGCCAGCGGAGCCGUACAAGGACCCUUCACGGCGGAACAGAUGGUCGUCUUCUACUUCAGUGGCCUUGUGGGUGACUCCUCCCUGGUGUGCGGUACGGAAGCCAAUGUCGUACCGCCGCUGGUGCCGCCACGUUAUUGGUUCGAG